GGAACUUGGAGCGGAUGAGCUCCCACUGUUAUCUCCCCCGCUCUCCGGUGGAGGGAGCCGUCGGAGACCGCCGAUGGUGUUGGCGGGAGAGGGGAAGGAGAUGAGGGAGAAGGAAGACGAAGACUCGGUCAGUCUGCGAGGAGGGUGCGAUGGCCCCCUGGGGCUUGAUUCCAACGUUUCCAUGAUAUCAUUCUCCACUUUCGUCACCGUAGCUAGCGGGGUUGAGACCUUGAAAUUCCUUCCGACGAGGCGGACUCACGCAUUGGAGUAAACGGCUGCACUUGCGAGGUUGCACGUAUAAAAGGGCGGUGAAGGAAGGAGUUGUUUGCUGGUCCGCCGGUGUUGCACUGGGCAAGCGCCAGGCGCAGUCCUCUGAAUCAGGGAAGGUCGAGCAGCAUACGGGAGAGAAGCGAAGGUUAACGAAGGAAAACUGAGAUUCGAGAAGCUUGCUGUCCCUGUUUGGAGUGAAUCCUGAGGAUUCUGGAGGAACUGAAAGGAUAUUUUGGCGUUUAGGGUUUUUCUGGUAUGGUUGGGAGUUUGGCUGGAGAUUGAGGGUUUUUUCUACCUUAGGACGUCCCUAGGUGAACGUUUGUUUUUGAAAAUUGCAGAAGCUCGCUAUCGUUCGGCAACUUCCGGGUCGACACCUAUCUUUGUGUCUGCUAGUUUCAAAGCUUUGGUAAUUUGAAGACAUCUACCUAAAGUAUGUGGGUUUAGUUGCUGAACUCUUGGGACGUGUCUUCUACUCUUCGUGUUAGAGAGAAUUUAGGUGCAUUUGGUCUCAAGAAUUUGAGGGUUUAGAAAAUUUAAGCAUGGUGGAUGUUUUCUUGUAAAUAUUUUUCUGGAGGACAAACAAAUCGAUUCUUUAAUCAUUUUGAAAUUGUUCACAAUUGGAGCAAGUAGACUGAAGAAUUUAUUUUCCAGUCCGGAAAUUGAGUAACAUAAUGGAGGUUCAAGCCGUGGAUCGUCAUCCUGAUGAUCGUGCAGAAAUUGGGCCGAACUUGACCGUUCCAGUAAUAGUGGUUACUGUAAAUACUUCGGACGAAUGUCAAAGCGGUGAGAUUCCUGAGCAGGGGUGUUCGGAGAAUCUAUCAAAUGAAAGGACACCAAAUUUUGAAGAGAAACUUCCGACGGCCUUGAAUGUGUCUGAGCCAAACAAGGAUGUCCAUGUCAUCGACAUAAAACAAGAUGGAUUGAAGAAGAAUGGGUUUAGUAGCACAGAUUUAGAAAAGGAAAGGGCUUGCAGGAUUUGCCAUUUGACAUCUGAGCACCAUAAUUCUUCGGAGGUGAUUGAGCUUGGUUGUGAAUGCAAAGAUGACCUUGGUAUUGCUCAUCGACACUGUGCAGAAGCUUGGUUUAAAAUUAAAGGCAACACGCAUUGUGAAAUUUGUAGCAAGCCUGCAAAAAAUAUCACGGGUGUUGGAGAUAGGGGGUUUCUAGAAGAAUGGAAUGGAAGGGAAGUUGGCAGCAGAAAUUCUCCAGUGGAGAGGGGGAAUUGCUGGAGGGGUCAGCCUUUUUGUAACUUUCUGAUGGGUUGUUUGGUGAUAGCCUUCAUACUUCCUUGGUUUUUCCGGAUAAAUAUGUUCUGAGAAGUGUAGUUGCACGAGGGAAUGGUGCUUAUUGGGGUGUGUUGGAUAACGUGUGCUCAAUGUGUGCGAAUUCUCAGAACUUCAAACAACUAAGGGCAGGAAGGAAAUUCUGGUCAUUACGACAUUAAAGAAUGAAACUGUUCCUACGAUUAUGGCUGUAUGCAACUCCUGUGGAAAAUUUUGCAUUAUUCAGGCCAGCAGUUGUCUUUCAAUUUGUGUUGGGGAUCCCUGUUAAUUUCAUACUGCCUCUAUUUUUGUUGGUUUUAUGUAACAUCAUAAGGAAUUCAUACAUUAUGAGCUUGUUAAUA